AGAUCCACGAAGCCAUUUUGUACCCAUUUCAAACUCAGUGUGGCUUCCCUGUGCGCCAUGGAUACGCUGACGCCAAGGAUACAGAGCGAAUUUACCUGCGUUAAAGGUCCGCAAUGAGGAAUAAAAGUAAAACGCGGUGUUGGGAGAGGGAGAGUUAAUCCAGUUUGGAUCACUUUCGCUGAACCUGAGUGGGAUCUGGCAGGUAACCGGACAUGGAGCCGCCGAGGUGUUGGAUUUGGGUCUGUGUUCUGCUCACGGUGCCGCUCGCAGGAUGUUUGGAGACGCACCUUUCGGAGACUUUACAGCCCGGGAGUGUUUUAGCAAACCUGUCCCUGGGACCUGGGUGGAUUUAUACAAUUGACAGGACUUUAUCUCCAAACUUUAUCCACAAGUUUUUCCAAGUGGAGAGGCGCAGCGGACUGAUCCGCCUGUCCCACAGGCUGAAGUGCGCGAACACAUCAAGGAACCCGGUGCCUGUUUACUUUAGGGCUGUGUCCUCAACGUCUGGAGACGCAACUCUCACGCAUUUGAACGUGUUUGUCCACGGACAGGACUGCUUUAUUAAGUACAAGAGAAAGAGUGAGCCAGACAUUCAUAUUAAACACAUUAUGAAACUAAAGUCAUCUUCCUGUUUACUGGCAGGUAAACUCUUAUUGAAUGUAAAGAAACUUUUGCCAAAAUCUACACAAGGUAUAAACCUUUUAAAUACUAAAUGUUAUGGAAAAGACUUUGUUGCUGUUCUCAGGCAUGGAGAUUUGUUCCUGGUUAAUGAUUUGUGCCUUGAGCACAGAGAAAAAAUGAGUUUAAAAUGCACCCUGCAUGGCUCUGCAGACAGCAAACUGUCUGUGCAGGUCAUUUUGACGCUUUUACAAAAUGAAAUAACCCAGAAAGCCACAAAGUCUAACAAACUGAGGUGGAAGCGACAAGUGAACACACCUCCACAAUUCCAGCUCGCCACCUAUCAGGUGUCUGUACCAGAGAAUGAGCCCCCAUACACCCGAGUCAUUACCUUGAAGGCAACUGAUCCAGAUGAUGGAGAGGCAGGGAGGCUUGAGUACAGCAUUGAGGCUCUGUUUGACAAAAGGUCUGAUGAUUACUUUCAAAUUGAUGCAAAAACUGGAAGCAUAACAACCGUCCAGCUGCUUGAUAGAGAAGUGAAGGAUACUCAUGUUUUCAAAGUUUCUGCAAAUGACAAUGGCACGCCGAAAAGAUUUGCCACUUCUUACCUGACUGUCACAGUGAGUGAUAAAAAUGACCAUUCACCGGUGUUUGAACAAAACAAUUACAGCGAAAAGGUCAAUGAGAAUGUGGAAGUUGGCUUCGAGGUGAUGACGGUCCGUGCCACUGAUGGCGAUGCCCCCUCCAAUGCCAACAUGGUUUAUACAAUUGUCAACAAAGAUGAUGAGAACUCCAUCUUUGAGAUAGACCCACGGAAUGGCGUGGUAAGGAUAAAAGAGCGGCCUGAUAGGGAGACCAAGGCCGAGUACACACUCAUUGUGGAAGCCAAUGACCAGGGGAAGGACCCUGGACCUCGAACAGCCACUGCUACAGUUCGCAUCGAGAUUGGGGAUGAAAAUGACAACUACCCCCAGUUUAGUAAGAAGAGAUAUGUGGUACAGGUCCCAGAAAAUGUAGCCGUCAACACUAAAAUUGUCCAGGUAGACGCCACUGAUAGAGAUGCUGGUAACAAUGCAAAAGUGCACUACAGCAUCAUCAGUGGAAACAUAAAGGGUCAAUUCUACAUCAACUCCCCCACUGGAGUUAUUGAAGUUAUCAACUCUCUGGACUAUGAAGAUGUCCGGGAGUAUAAUCUGAGGAUCAAAGCUCAAGAUGGUGGAAGGCCACCACUGAUAAAUAGUACGGGGUUGGUGGUGGUACAAGUGGUGGAUGUCAACGACAAUGCUCCCAUUUUUGUCAGCACUCCUUUUCAAUCAACUGUGUACGAAAACGUACCCAUCGGUUACUCUGUUAGGCACAUUCAAGCAAUUGAUGAUGAUUCUGGAGAAAAUGCUCGUCUGGAAUACCAGCUCACUGACACAACACCUGGUUUCCCAUUCGUCAUCAAUAACAGUACAGGCUGGAUUACAGUUGGUGAGGAACUGGACAGGGAGACCAUUGAAUUCUACACCUUUGGCGUUGUAGCAAGAGAUCAUGGGAUCCCUGCUAUGUCAUCAUCAGCCAGCGUCAGCAUCACAGUGUUGGAUUUUAAUGACAAUGUGCCCACAUUUACAGAAAAUUCCUACUCUUUAAAGGUCAAUGAAGAUGCUGUGGUGGGGUCCAGUGUGCUGAUGCUGACAGCUGUGGACAGAGACAAAGACAAUGUGGUGACCUAUCAGAUCUCCAGUGGAAACACCAGAAACCGUUUUGCCAUCACCAGCCAAAGCGGCGGUGGCCUCAUCACCCUGGCCCUUCCUUUGGACUACAAACAAGAGCGACAGUACGUCCUGACGGUAACGGCUAGCGAUGGAACACGCUCUGGCACAGCUGAGGUGUUCAUCAACGUGACAGACGCCAACACACAUCGACCUGUUUUCCAAAAUGCUAACCAGCAGGUGACACUAAGUGAAGAUAAGCCUAUAGGCCACACCGUGACUGUGGUCAUUGCAACGGAUGAGGAUACGGGGGAGAAUGCUCGAAUCACUUAUAUCAUGGAAGAUAAUAUUCCUCAAUUUAAAAUUGACCCAGAUACAGGUGCUAUCACAACACAGAUGGAGAUUGACUAUGAAGUCGAUGCAUCCUACACUUUAGCCAUCAUUGCCAGAGACAAUGGCAUCCCUCAGAAAUCUGAUAUGACCUAUUUGGAGAUAAUUAUUGAUGAUGCCAAUGAUAAUGAUCCCCAGUUUGACAGCGAUAUCUAUAAGGGGAAUGUAAUUGAAAAUGCAGACAUCCGCACUAGUGUACUCAAGAUCUAUGCUACAGACAGAGAUUCUGGUCUCAACAAAAGAGUGACUUAUGCAUUUCAGGAUGGAGGUGAUGGAGAUGGGGAUUUUUUGAUUGAGCAAAAUACUGGGAUCAUCAGAACAGCUCGCAAACUGGACCGUGAGAAUGUUCCUGUUUACAACCUGAGAGCUGUUGCUAUGGAUAGUGGGGUUCCUCCUAGGAAGGCAUUUGUUUCUGUUCAUAUUGAGGUCCAAGAUAUAAACGACAAUGCCCCGGUGUUUGAGAAGGAUGAGCUUUUUUUUUAUGUGGAGGAGAACAGUCCUGUGGGGUCAGUGGUUGCCCAAAUAACUGCCACAGACGCAGACGAGGGCACCAACGCAGAUAUUUAUUACCAAAUUGUGGAAGGCAAUAUUCCAGAGGUUUUCCUCCUUGACCUUCGCAAUGGGGAGCUUACUGCUCUGACAGACCUGGAUUAUGAGACCAAAAAAGAGUACAUCAUUGUGGUCCAGGCCACAUCAGCACCACUAGUGAGCCGGGCUACUGUGCAUAUCCGCCUUGUGGACAUGAAUGACAACAAACCUGUACUGCAGAACUUUGAAAUCAUCUUCAACAACUAUGUCACCAACAAAUCUAACAGUUUCCCAACAGGAGUUAUUGGUAACGUACCAGCCCAUGACCCGGAUGUGUCGGAUAAGCUGCGCUACAAGUUUGAAUCUGGAAAUGAAUUAUUAUUUUUGCUGUUGAAUGAAGACACUGGGGAUCUGAAACUGAGCAGGGAUCUGAAUAAUGACAGGGCUCUGGAGGCCCCAAUGACCAUCUCUGUCACAGACGGCCUCCAUCAAGUUGUUGCCAUUUGCACGCUGCGCGUCAUCAUAAUCACUGACGAUAUGCUCACCAACAGCAUCACAGUGCGUCUGGAGAAUAUGUCGCAGGAGCGCUUUCUGUCUCCCCUCCUCAGCCGCUUCCUUGAAGGGGUGGCGGCAGUGCUGUCCACUAAACGGGAGGCCGUGUUUGUCUUCAACAUCCAAAAUGACACCGAUGUGCAGGGCUCCAUCCUAAACGUUACCUUUUCAGCACUGCAACCAGGAAGCGCCUCGGGUAGAGGAACAUUCUUCCCCUCUGAGGAGCUCCAAGAGCAGAUCUACCUGAACAGAACGCUGCUGAGACUCAUAUCCUCUCAGGAGGUGUUGCCAUUUGAUGAUAACAUCUGCCUCCGGGAGCCCUGUGAGAACUACAUGAAGUGUGUCUCGGUGCUAAAAUUCGACAGCUCGCCGCCAUUUAUCGCCUCCAACACGGUUCUUUUUCGACCCAUCCACCCCAUCAAUGGGCUCCGGUGCCGCUGUCCUGUUGGUUUCACCGGGGACUACUGCGAGACUGAGAUCGACCUUUGCUACUCUGGGCCAUGCAAGAACAACGGAACGUGCCGCAGUCGUGAAGGGGGGUACACCUGCGAGUGCCUGGAAGACUUCACAGGCGAGCAUUGUGAGUUGAAUGCCUCUUCAGACCGCUGUGUUCCCGGUGUUUGCAAGAAUGGUGGGAAAUGCAUCAACCGACUCGCUGGAGGGUUUAUGUGCGAGUGUCCUCCAGGAGAGUUUGAGAAGCCUUACUGUGAAAUGACCACCCGCAGCUUCCCCGGGCAGUCGUUCGUAACAUUCAGGGGUCUCCGGCAAAGGUUCCACUUCACCGUGUCCUUCAUGUUUGCUACCAGAGAAAGAAAUGCUCUGCUCCUCUACAAUGGCAGGUUCAACGAGAAACACGACUUUAUCGCCCUGGAGAUCAUUAAGGAACAGAUUCAGCUUACCUUUUCCGGAGGUGAGACUAUAACCACAGUGACCACCUACGUCCCUGGAGGAGUUAGUGACGGCCAAUGGCACUCGGUCCAGCUCCAUUACUACAACAAGGAAGGGUGGGGUCUGGUGGACUCCAGAGGGGGUCUGCGUGUCCCGCUUUUUACUGCCUGGCUGGAGCUCAUUCAGAAAGAGCCUAACAUCGGCCGCCUCGGCAUCCCUCACGGACCCUCUGCAGAGAAGGUGGCAGUGGUCGCCGUGGAUGACUGUGACAUCUCCAUGGCAGUUCGCUUUGGGAAACAGAUUGGCAACUACACCUGCGCUGCCCAGGGCACCCAGACCGGACAGAAGAAAUCGUUGGACUUGACUGGCCCUCUGUUGCUGGGAGGAGUUCCCAAUCUGCCUGAGGACUUCCCAGUCAGGAACAGAAACUUUGUGGGCUGCAUGAGAAACUUAACUAUCGACAGCAAACCCAUCGACAUGGCCAGCUACAUCGCUAACAAUGGCACCACUGCAGGUUGUCCAGCAAAGAAGAACUUCUGCACAGACAAUGUGUGUCUGAACGGAGGCGUGUGCGUUAGCAAGUGGAACACCUACAGCUGCGACUGUCCUACUGGCUAUGGGGGCAAAAGCUGUGAACAAGAGAUGCCCUCUCCUCAGUUCUUUGAUGGCCAGGCACUGGUAUCUUGGAGCGAGCCGGAUAUAACUGUCGCCGUUCCCUGGUACAUGGGUCUCAUGUUCCGGACCCGGCAGCCGACUGGGACUCUGAUGCAGGUCAACGCUGGAUCAUCCUCUACCAUUAACAUAAUGGUGAGGGAACAGCAGAUCCGUAUGGAAGUGCUGUUGAAGGAGAAGUUAUUGGCAACAUUGGGUUUUCCCCAAGUCCGUGUCAAUGAUGGAGAGUGGCACCACUUGCUGGUAGAAAUAAGAAGCAUUAAAGAUGGCAAAGAAAUUAAAUACAUGGCAGCUGUUUCCUUGGAUUACGGAAUGUACAAGAAGUCUGUUCAAAUUGGUAAUGACCUACCAGGUUUGAAGGUAGAGACACUCCAUGUUGGAGGGCUGCCUGGAGAGGGAAACAUUGUCAAUAGAGGAUUUGUUGGCUGCAUACAGGGUGUGCGCAUGGGAGAGACCGCUACCAAUGUGGCCAAUGUGAACAUGGCCCAGGGCCUGAAAAUCCAUGUGGAGGAUGGCUGUGAUGUGGCAGACCCUUGUGACUCCAACAUCUGUCCUGAGAACAGCCAUUGUAGCGAUGACUGGACCACACACACCUGUGUCUGUGACCCAGGCUACUUUGGUAAGGAGUGUGUGGACGCUUGUAAGCUCAAUCCCUGUGAGCAUGUCUCCAAUUGUGUCCACAAGCCGAGUUCAUCCCACGGAUACACUUGUGAAUGUGGAGAAAACUACUAUGGCCAGUACUGUGAAAACAAAGUGGAGAAACCAUGUCCUCCGGGUUGGUGGGGUAGCCCAGUGUGUGGGCCCUGCAACUGUGACACAAGCAAAGGAUUUAAUAAGGAGUGCAACAAAACCACUGGAGAGUGCCGCUGCAAGGAUAACUACUAUCGGCCUGAGGGCGAGGACACCUGCUACCCUUGUGACUGUUUCCACAUAGGCUCCGAGUCUCGAACAUGCGACCCAGUCAGCGGGCAGUGCCCCUGCAAGGGAGGCGCUAUCGGCCUUCAGUGCAAUCGCUGCGAUAACCCAUUUGGUGAAGUAACACCUAAAGGAUGUCAGGUUGUGUAUGAACACUGCCCAAAGGCAUUUGAUGCUGGCAUUUGGUGGCCAAAGACCAAAUUUGGACGCCCUGCUGCUAUGGACUGUCCCAAAGGAUCCAUCGGUACAGCUAUUCGUCAUUGUACUGAUAAGGGCUGGUUGUCUCCUGAACUUUUUAACUGUACCACAGAGACUUUAUCCAGUUUGAAGAAGAUGAAUGAGGAGCUGCGUCGCAACAGCUUUAAGAUGAAUAGUGAACAGUCCAAAGACAUUGUGCGUUUGCUGCACAGUGCCACGAAUAAGAAGCCGCACUUCUACGGCAACGAUGUCAAGAUGGCGUCCCAGCUUCUGAAUCAAGUGCUGAAGUACGAAAGCCGGCAGUCUGGCCUAAAUCUCACUGCCAUGAAGGAUGCAAAGUUCAAUGAGAAUUUGGUGCGAGCAGGCAGUGCCAUUCUGGACCCCGGCACCAAGGACCACUGGGACCAAAUCCAGAGGACAGAAGGCGGCACCGCACACCUGCUUCGCAACUUUGAGGACUAUGCCAACACCUUGGCCCAAAAUGUCAGGAAAACCCACCUCAAACCAUUCACCAUUGUCACUGACAACAUGAUAUUAACUGUUGACUACUUGGAUGUGUCAGACCCAGAGAAGGCAACGCUACCUCGCUUUAAAGACAUCCAGGAGUCUUACCCCAAAGAGCUUGGAUCUUCCGUCCACUUCCCAGUUUUUAACUUGCAAGGUCAUGUCCAAAAAGAGAAGCCAACUCCAGAACCUCAAACCCAGACUGGUCACCCUAAAGGGGAGGAGCACAGGGCGUCUGAAAGAACACGACGUCACCUAGAGCCACCCAAACCUAAAAUGGUGGCCGUCGUCAUUGUUUACAAGUCGCUGGGCCAGCUACUCCCAGAAAGAUACGACUCAGACCGGAGGAAUUUGAGGGUUCCCAACCGUCCAGUGAUCAACACAGCAAUAGUAAGCGCCACAGUCCACAGUGAAGGUCCACCCUUUCCUUCAGUCCUGGACCCACCCAUCACCUUGGAGUACACUCUGCUGGAGACAGAGGAGCGGACAAAACCAGUCUGUGUUUACUGGGACCACUCUUCCUCGAUUGGAGGUACAGGCGGGUGGUCCUCCAAAGGCUGCGAGGUGCUAGACAGGAACAACACUCACAUUAGCUGCCAGUGUAAUCACAUGACUAGCUUCGCUGUGCUGAUGGACAUCUCCAAGAGAGAGCAUGGCGAUGUCCUCCCACUGAAGAUCGUCACUUACACCACAGUCUCCAUCUCCCUGUUCCUCCUCCUUCUCACCUUCAUCCUUCUGUGCCUUCUGCACCGACUCCGAUCCAACCUGCACGCCAUCCACAGGAACCUGGUGGCGACGCUCUUCUUCUCCGAGCUGGUCUUCCUGCUAGGCAUCAAUCAGACGGACAACAUGUUUGUGUGUACCGUAAUAGCCAUCCUCCUCCACUACUUCUACAUGUGCACUUUCGCCUGGAUGUUCGUUGAGGGUCUGCACAUUUACCGUAUGUUGACCGAGUUGCGAAACAUCAACCAUGGACACAUGAGGUUCUACUACGCCAUUGGCUGGGGCAUACCCGCUGUCAUCACCGGUUUGGCAGUCGGCCUAGACCCUCAAGGUUACGGAAACCCAGAUUUCUGCUGGCUUUCCGUUCAUGACACUCUGAUCUGGAGCUUCGCAGGACCCAUUUUCGUGGUCGUUCUUGUGAAUAUAGUGAUCUUCGUUUUAGCUGCGAAGGCUUCCUGUGGUCGAAGGCAGAAGGUUGUGGAGAAAUCAGGAGCUAUUCCUGCGCUGCGUAUGGCCUUUCUCCUCCUGCUACUUAUCAGCGCCACCUGGUUGCUCGGCCUCAUGGCUGUCAACAGCGAUGUAAUGACUUUCCACUAUCUGUUUGCUAUCUUCAGCUGCUUACAGGGAGUCUUCAUCUUCUUCUUUCAUGUGAUCUUCAACAAAGAAGUGAGGAAAAACCUCAAGAAUGUCUUCACAGGUAAAAAGACGGUCCAGGACGACUCCAGCACCACCAGGGCGUCCCUACUUACCCGCUCUCUCAACUGCAACACGUACGCAGAGGACGGCCCGCUGUAUCGCACAGCCAUCGGGGAGUCCAACGUCUCCUUGGACAGUACACUCAGGUCAGCCAAGAGCCGCAGCAGCUACCUGGCUUACGCACACAGGGAAGAGUCGGGUCAGAAGCCCAGCUCAUCAGGAACGGCUAAAGGACACACAGAUCUUGAUGGACCCCUUUUCCAUCGAAAUGGCACCAAAGGAGAUGACUCUGACUCAGACAGUGAGAUGUCUGUCGACGACGAACACAGCUCCUCCUACGCUUCCUCCCACUCCUCUGAUAGUGAGGAUGAAGAUUUAGAUGUCAAGACUAAAUGGAACAACGAGAGACCCCUUCACAGCACCCCUAAAGGUGAUUCAGUUUCCAAUCAUGUAAGACCUUACUGGCCAACAGGGGGCACCACAGCUAGUGACAGCGAGGACCCAGGUGGGACAGACAGGCUGAGGGUGGAGACAAAGGUGAACGUGGAACAGCAUCCGGAAAAUAAACUGAACCACAUCGGUGAAACGGAGAGGGAAGCUCCCCUGGAGGGAGACAAGGAGAUGCCUGGUAACGGCAAAGACCUGGCGCCUCCUGGCCAACCCAACAGCAACCACCAGCCAGAGCAGAGGAAAGGUAUCCUAAAGAACAAGAUCAGCUAUCCUCCUCCUCUGAAUGACAAGAAUAUGAAGAACCGUAUGAGGGAGAAGCUGAGCGACUACAGCUCCCCCACCAUCACCUCUCCCCCGCCCAUCAACAACAACAACACCUCGGGCCUGCCUCCCUCCUCCGUCAACAUUAUGAACCCCUCCUCCCGGCCGUCGUCGCAGGCCUCCAACGACGGAGCUCGCCUUGGCAACCACGAGCGCGGAUCUCUGGUGAAGCCACCCAUCACUCCCCGCCCUCAGAUUCCCUCCGGUCCACCACUAGGGGGCAUCUAUCGGGAAACCAAUGGGGGUGUGGCCAUGCACUUAAAGACCGGGACAGUGAAUGGAGGAAACCACUCCGACUCAGAGGAGUUCGAGACUAGCCCACCCCUGUGAGAGGAGAAGCCUGCAGACGGGACGUGAGCCGAGAAGGGAAGAAAAUUAAAUCGAAGUGAGAUGAAGAUGGAGAGAGGGUGAACUUUGGGUGAUCUACCCGCCUGUAUCCCUCUUUCAUGUUUAAGCGUGCAGUAUUAAUGGCAGACAUUAGGAAUACCUGGGACACCAGAGAUAAGGAUAUGAGAGAGAAUAAAGGGAAAAGUAUAGGAGAGAAGACGUGUGCCAAAACCACAACAAAGAACACUUCCAGAAUGAAUGAUCGGAGGAUUCUUGAGGACAUCUGCCAGAGAAAAGUCUGAUGAAUGAUCCCAAGCUGGUACAUUUGUAGUCCAAAGGGAUUUAAAAGACUACAAUCUCUCCUCAAGGGUCAAACACAAACUGUUAUCAACGAACGCCUUUGAGUCCUGCAGUUGGGGGACGCUUGCAUCGAGGAUUCCAAGGUUUCUAAAGAGCCUCUCAGUGCAGUGUAUGUAGAGUGUAAUUACGGUGUAGAUAUUUUGUUUUUUAAGUGAAGAAGAAAUAAUCUAUUUUGUAUUUCAGCUGCAGCCGAGAACAAAUGUGUACACUUUGAAAAUAACAUUUUAAAAAUGCCUGAAAAAUGUUGGGAAGACGACUAGAUUGUGCCUUUUACAGUAGGACUGAGGCCUUAUUCACUCACACCUUACAGGUUUUCAUGGUGGUAUGAGAAAUCCUGGCUCAAUUCACAAGAGAGGAGUGGUUUAAAUGUUUUUUUUUUUUAAACAAAGCCUAAAUCUGCCAUCUGAUGGGACCUGCCUGUUUGUUAAAUAGUGGACCCUUCUGGUAAGCAAAGUUACAAAUUACAAAUAAAGCACCUAUGGAUUCACCUUUAUCAUUCAUUUCAUCCUGGCACUGUUGGAUCUAAUUUAUAAAUCCGUCAUCUCUUAAUAGAAACCCAAUUUCCCUGUAUUUUGCAGCUCAGUACAGCCAGUUUGUUUUACACUGCUGUUGAUAAGUGUUUUUUUGCUUUUGUAUGAUCUUAAAACACUGGAAAAUGUUUUGUAAAAUUAUGUAUAUUUAUUUUUUCAUGUUUUUUAAAGACACUGGAAAAAACCCAACAAAAGAUGAUUGUGAUUAAAAAAUUA